AUGGCUCGAGGGCACGAUGCUGAGCGAACUGACGCCGUGUCCGAUUCACUUGCUCCCAUAGAAAAAAUUUUUGGAACGCUUGAGUCUCUGGAUUUAAGUUCGAAGAGGGACCAAAAUCUCUUGGGGUUAAUUUGGAUAUCUACGUCCAAGGUUUCAAAAAAGUGAGCUCUGCCAUUCGAGAUUAGUUGUUGUCUCUUGUCCUAACGCUUGUUUCAUUAACUUUGUGGGGAACUAUUAUUCGUGUCCUACAGCGCUGUGGUCUUCCCCCCAAUGACCUCUUACUAGUCUACUUUUCUAUGGUGCGCUCUAUCUUAGAAUAUGCCUGUCCUGUCUGGCACACCAUGUUACCAAAGUGUUUGGGGGAUAAAAUUGAAAAAGUUCAAGAAAGAGCUUUCCGUAUUAUUUAUCCGACAACAGAUUACGAAGAUGCUCUCAACAUCGCUAAAUGCAAGCGCCUUGUCGACAGACGUCAAGAGCUAUGUGCUAAAACAUUAAAAAGGAUCUUAAAACACGAUGCUCACCUCAACCACCUCUUACCCCCACUCCGUGAAGAAUCGCAUGAACUGGACUUAAGAAACAAUUCUAACUUCACAUUAACUAAAUGCGCCAGAACGGAACGUUUUAAAACUAGUUUUAUACCAGCAAUGACUGCUAAUUUUAAUAGUAAAUAA